UUGCAACCAAUCGUUAUUAAAGUAAAAUUACAGUAAUACACUUCCGCUCCCCAACAUUUUCACUUAAUAUUUUUAAUAAAAUCAAGCGUAAUUUAUUCUUUUCAACUAAUUGUAAAGCGUAUUGUUAAUGUGUUAAACCAGAAAAUUAUGUGGAUGCUGCCGGUAGAAAAACACGAAAUAUUUCCUAGGCUCAUGUUACAAUGCUCUCAAUGGAAACGCCGCCCCAACAUCAGGGCAUCUAUGCUCCAUUGAAUCAGGCAAUGUCCGAUUCUGAUUCGGAGGAAGAAAUACAUAACUCAACAACUCACCGUCAAAUAAGACAACUAAAACAAAAGCAAGAACUAUUUCUACCCAAUAAUCUACAUCUUGAUUUCAAGUCAAACAGGCCGAAUCCGCCCAACACAUUGAACUUACAUACGAAAUCGUUUCAACAAAAUCGUCGUAAACUUCAAAUUGAGCGUCAACGACAAUUGGAGAGAAAUUUAUAUCAAAACUCACACUUGCAGUAUAAAGAAUCAAAUACUCUUGGAUACGAUAGAAAAAUGGAACCUCUUCAAAAUAAUAGUGUACAAAACACCUAUUUGCGAUCGGUCAUGAUGUCUGACGUAGGAGUAGCAUCCGACAGUGGUGGUCCGUGCGACGCAGCCAACAAUUACUCUAGCUUUGAGGAAAAUAAUCAAACCGAUGCCGACAACGUGGCCAUACUAGGUGGCAGUGAUUGUACCAAGGAUAUUCCACUUGAGCCUAUGUCGCCUGCAAGGCGCUGUUGCUUUAUUGCAUCUUUAUUGUUGUGUAUUCUAACCGUAGUAGUCUUUGUUUGGGUAAUACCUUGCAGUGACGAAGGCGGAACCUGUCCAGCAGCCAUUGAUCGUAUAAAAACGCAUAACUGGUUAAACAAUUAUACAAAAAUUGAGCUUAAAGCCGGUGUAAACAUCGUCACUGGCGUCCGCAGUUGGGAAAAUAAUCUAAUAUUCCUGUACCGUGGUGAUGCAUUCUUUCCAGAGUUUCGGCCCGACAAUUCAAAGCGCAAUGGAAUCAUUUCUUUGAUUGGCAGUUCAGGAGCGGUUGCUUGGUUUGAUGAGAUGAAGGAUGAGCCAAUAGCUAUAGACUGUACACUUCUUGAUGUUGAUAGAAAUGGACGCCCUGACUGUCUUGUGAUUGACGAGUAUGGCGAACUGGGUGCUAUAAAUCCUGUCUCCGGGGAAUGGCAUUGGCGAUGUAAGGAACAUUCGGACCAAAAAGUUGAAACUCUUGACUUCCCCGUGAUUUUACCCGAUUUGGAUCAUGAUGGUGUCCUUGAUAUCUUAAUGGUUACAAAUACUGGUUCAAACGAUCGUCAAUCCAAUCGGCAAAAUUCCCGCAAAGGAGAUGCUGCAAAUAAAAGUGCAUUCGAUCGAAGAAACUUUUUAAAGAUCUUAUCUGGGCAUAGUGGACAACCCAUUGGUGAGGGUUUUAGGGUAAUAGAAUGUGACACUUUGAGGAAACUACAGUUGGAAAAUGGCCAGACGGUCUCAUUCAACUGCAUUCACAACAAAACGGAGGCGCAAAGAUCUAAAACACUGGCCGAGCUAUUUUCACUUAUCACAAACAAAUCUUUGGUGGGACAAAAUCUGGUGCCUGCCUCGAAAAUAUCACAGCAUCGCCAUUACGGCCAGCGCAAAGACAUAGACUCCCAACGGAAUAUUUAUUCAUUGAAUGACAGAGAACUCAUAGUAGAAAAUAGAGGAAAGUGUCCUGACGAUUGCAAUGUCACUUUUAUCCUCAGCGAGAACCGCAAUGGCAAAGCGUUUACAGUACGUAAUUUUACAAGUAGUGGUAUGUACGGAAUGGUUCCUGCCCAGUGGCAUUUCAAAAACACCAAACCUAAUAUGUCAGGUUUCGUGAUGAAGUUUUGGAAAUGGAAAACCGAUUCACAGACCAGCAGCCAAACAUCUACUUCGCCUAGCAGCAGUAAUCCACGUGGAAAUGAAACCUUCCAGAAGACCCAAACUGCAAAGACCAAAUCGAAAUCGACGAAGUCACAGUCGAAAGAUAAUAUUUCAAAAACUUAUAAACAGAAUCACGUUCAAAACGGACCAGAAAACAACAAAAAAGAAGGACGUCAUCAUGACAUGGAUCGCGAUAGAGAGUUUGAUGCUUUCGAGCAUGUCAUCAGCAAACGUAGUUCAUUCAAUUUUGAACGCAAUACAUCUCGUUCGAAGCGCAGCAGUACAUCUUUCAAUGCCACUAAUAGGAAAUCUGCAGGAACAGGUCUGCUUAUGGACAACUACAAAAUGCAAAUGAUAACUGAGUCAGUAAUAUUGGUUCUAUUUAUCGGCACUGAGACGCGCAUUGAGAAUACCUCGCAAAGUAAUAUAAUACAAUUUUGUCGCAAAGACCGCAAAGAUUUAAUUUGUCAACCAGAUUUGAAUAACCAAGAGAACUCCAUGCUUAUUGCCGAUCUGGAUCAAGAUGGUUCCCAAGAGCUUGUCUCAUAUAUGUCAACAUUUGUACCGGCUAACGAGGAUUCUCAAGAUUGGCGACUAGUUACAUAUGUGCGUUUAUUGCGAUUACAAUCAGAGUUGCCAGCAUUCUAUGGUGAUAUUAAAAAUAAUUAAAAUCCGAAAUCCCGAAUUGAACUAAGGUCAUUGGCAUUUAUUAUCACUAUGUGUACUAACUUACAUAACAAAAUAAACUCGAUAGAAUAUAUUCUUGAUUUAAAUUGUUACGUUA